AUGUCUGCGUUCACGGCCCUGAAUGGGGGGUCGCCCAAGGCAACAGAACCGCCGGCGCCAGAGUCUCGGAAGACGCCUCCCGAAGAGCGGCCAACUGCGCAAUCCACGUCCCAGGCUUCACCUAAACCCCCAUCGAGCGAAGUUGCCAGCAGUCAACGGGAUGCUUGGCCUGCCCCUGCCCACGAUAGGCCAAGUUUUCAGUCUGCGUCCUACCCUGACGUUGAGGGCUCUCACAAGAGAAAAAGAUCUGACUCAUCCGAGCCUCGCAGGGAGAGGGAACCCCAGUCGCAGCCUAUCCAGGAGAGAACCCCGGACACAGCAACCCAACCGCACCCACCAGAGUCGCGUGAAGCGUAUGGCACGCCACAGCGUGAGCGCGAACACCGUCAGUAUGCCGAAGACAGUCGAGAUCCCAAUGAUCCCUGGUACUCCCGAGAGGGACGUGACGAAAGAGGCUACUAUGAUGCCCAGCAUUCGGCCUCAACCACCCAAGGCCAGACGGAAGAGCAGAUCGGCGAUGCCCUACGAAGGGUGACUGGUCAGAUGGACAACCACAGCGACUACGGCAACAGCCCAGAAGGUGACGACCAUGACCGGUCCAUGAGCGUAUACGGACCCUACACUCCUGGAGGCUCGCGCGAUCACGUCCUGCAGUCAGAUCCCAAGAAGCGCAAACGCAACUUUAGCAAUCGCACCAAAACUGGCUGUCUCACCUGCCGUAAGCGCAAGAAGAAGUGCGACGAGCAGAAGCCCGAAUGUAUCAACUGCAUCCGCGGUGGCUUCCUCUGCGCAGGGUACCCUCCACAGAGGAGUACGGGCUGGCAGAAGCCAGACAACAAAGCUGCCGCCGUUCCGCUGGAAUCCAAAGACCCCAGCUACGUACCUCCAGGCGCAUAUGGCAUGCCGCAACAGAACCCUUAUGGGAGCCAGCCAACUGUCACGCCUCGUCGGGAUCCUCUUCCUCCCUAUGGCCGAGGCCAGCCGUUGCGAAUUGAUCCUCCUCAGGGACGGCCCAUCCUAACCGAUGAUGACAGGGCCACUGCCUCGACGAUCCCCAGCGCCUCAGUCGCAAGCCCGGAUCUCAAGCUUUCGGCCCUUCCAUACACACCGGCCAAUGUGUUCCCAACGCCUGUCAGCGCCCAAGCCCCUUCGCAGCAGAGUGGCUUCUCGGAGAGAAAGGAGUUUCAGGCGCCGCGCGUGCCACCUUUGCACGACAUGGGCCGGAGCGAGCCCGAAACGCCUCAUCCGGGCAACACUCUUCCCCAGAUCAACAUUCUCCAUCCGACCCGUGCCAACAGCCCAGCCCCGCCACCCUCCACGAGCAAUGCACAGGUUGCGGCGCAGCUGGCUUUGUCCCACACGCAAUAUGCGGGCAGCAGACAGCGGACGCAGAAAGGAAGAGAUGCUUUCGGGCAGACACUAUUAUCCAUUCGAUAA